GAAAUCCACACUGAAGUAACACUUCACCUCUUCUUCUCUACCUGUGCACAACGUCAACAACCAACACCAUGUGUAGCAGCUACUACGGGAACUACUAUGGAGGCUGUGGCUAUGGAGGCUGUGGCUAUGGAGGCCUGGGCUGUGGCUGUGGCUAUGGCUCCAGCUAUGGCUGUGGCUUCCGCAGACUGGGCUGUGGCUCUGGCUGUGGUUCUGGCUGUGGCUAUGGGUACGGCUCCCGCUCUCUCUGUGGCUGUGGCUAUGGAUAUGGCUCUGGCUAUGGCUCUGGCUUUGGCUGGUACUAACUGAGGUCACGUUGGGAGACUCUCACCCUCCACAUCUGGGCAUGGGACUCGUCAGUUCUGAGACCCACACGUUCUGAGCCUUUGCCUUGGGUGAUGAUAUCCUGUGUGAUGAAAGUCUAGUCUGGUCUGUUGUCACCUACAACCUAACCUACAGAGUCCCUGAAUUUGCUGCAGGAAAUGGGAGAUGGUGAUCUUCACCUGUGAUCCCCACAGUUUUGCUUUCAUCAGGAUGAUGGUGUCAGAGCAACUCCUUGGAUGAUGUUUAUGCUGGACCUUAUUUCUGGGUUGACCUAAUAAACUUGUUCAAUCCAAACAGAAA